UAGAACGAGCAGAGGAAGCGGGCGAGCGGCAGGGACAGGGACAGGGGCAGGGACAGGGCGGCGGCAUGGCUUCGUCGCAAGGAAAGAACGAGCUGCGGUUCGCCGACUGGAUGGCCGCUUUGCCGGGCAGCGUCCACCGCACGCCGCUCACCAAUCUGGCCAUCCCAGGGUCUCAUGACUCAUUUAGCUUCUACAUUGAUGAAGCCUCUCCUGUUGGGCCUGAACAGCCAGAGACAGUCCAGAAUUUUGUGUCUGUUUUUGGGACUGUGGCUAAAAAGUUGAUGAGGAAGUGGCUUGCUACACAGACCAUGAACUUCACCAGCCAGCUGGGGGCAGGUAUACGGUAUUUUGAUCUUAGAAUUUCCACCAAGCCCAGAGAUCCAGACAAUGAACUCUAUUUUGCUCAUGGUUUAUUCAGUGCCAAAGUCAAGGAGGGCCUGGAAGAGAUCAAUGCGUUUCUCACUGACCAUCCAAAAGAAGUGGUCUUCUUGGACUUCAAUCACUUCUAUGGAAUGCAGAAAUACCAUCAUGAAAAGCUUGUCCAAAUGCUCAAAGACAUAUAUGGAAACAAAAUGUGUCCUGCUAUAUUUGCCCAUGAAGUCAGCCUCCAGUAUCUGUGGGAAAAGGAAUACCAAGUCCUGGUGUUCUACCACAGCCCAGUGGCUCUGGAGGUACCAUUUCUUUGGCCAGGCCAGAUGAUGCCAGCUCCUUGGGCAAACACAACAGACCCAGAAAAGCUGAUCCAGUUUCUUCAGGCAUCAAUCACUGAGAGAAGAAAGAAAGGCUCCUUCUUUGUAUCUCAAGUAGUGCUGACGCCAAAGGCUAGUACAGUGGUGAAGGGAGUUGCUAGUGGUCUCAGAGAGACAAUCACAGAAAGGGCUCUUCCUGCCAUGAUGCAGUGGAUCCGAACACAGAAACCAGGAGAAAGUGGUGUGAAUAUUAUCACAGCAGAUUUUGUGGAGCUUGGUGACUUUGUCAGCACAGUCAUUAAGCUCAACUAUGCCCUGGAUGAAGGUGAAGAUGACACUACUUGAUAGUACUAUAAUUUGUGGGUUGAUGC